UACAAUAACUUUGUGUCUAGAUUCUUACAGCUCAGAUUUUGUGUCUGCAGAGAACAGUCAAAAGUCAGUUUUACAAGGCCUGAGUUAACACUGAAAGUUGCUAAUUUUAACAGUGUGAAACUGUAUUUUUGAAUCUUGUGUAAUUAUGAAGAAAAAAAAAAGAGGGAGGAGUGAGAGCGCGGGGGAAGGAGGCAGCUUCAUGCCCUUGCUUUUGAUCAUUGGUUGGAGCCACAGGGAAGGGGAGGGGCCACAGUGCCACUGUUUCUGUAGAGAGAGAGGCAGAGGGAGCGAGAAAGAGAGAGAGAGACAGCAAAGGAGGAUAAAUGAACACGGGGGGUUCUCCCAGCAUCGGUAUGCCUGCCUACCUCAUUUUCACUCGAGACAUAGUUGCUGCUCUUCUGGAUAGAAGUAACAGCUGAGGUGUGUUUGUAUGUGUGUGUAUGUCUUUUAAACAUCAGUCAGCCCGCGCACUGCCUUCAUCGUUUCACAGCAGCCUGCUGUGAUCUUACUGCGAAGGACCAGACAGAAACUGAGACAAGAGCAAGCGGACAUGGAAGAGUGGUGAGGAGAGGGUAAAGGGGCAGCAAGAAAGAAGAAUCAGGAAAAAAGAAGCAGGACAGAGGUGGAGUUGCAGGACAGAAUUAAAAGCCGAAAUCAUGCUUAAUGUCUCCUUCCCUCAAUUUAUGUACGCAGCGCAUUACACAAUAAUGUCUUUUCACUGGAAGCUGUGUUUGUGACUCUGUGGACUAUAGACAGAUAAAAGGCAGCUUCAGUCUGUGCUCUCUGUAGCUGCAGCAGAUGUUGAAGACAUCUCUGACUUUAUAGGGAGCGGAGGCAUUUCAAGCAUAGAUUGGACUGGAAUUCCUUUAAACAAAGUCACAUUUCUUUCUAUUUUUUCCUUUUUGUGCCUUCAGCUGGGAAGUUUGCUUUACUGGGAAAAAAAGAAGACAAGAAACACGCAUAUUCCUCUUUGUGUGGUAAUCUGUUUUUACCUGGUGGUUUUAUAUCUUUGUGUAAAACCACAACUGCCUGCACUGAGGACAAAACAAGGGAGCUUCCUCACCUUUCUCUGUCCUUUCCAUCCCUCCUGCAUUUGAAAUGGCAGAUGGCAGCAGUCUCAUCAUGGAACCGCAGCGUGGAGCUUUUCGUUCGGACUGAAACCGUACGGCUACUGUAAGAACCAGCCGGCUACCUGACAAAAUAGUGGGUUCUUUGGUUCAUCGUACCCUUGAAGGGCCCCUCAGACACGUAUUCCUGCCCAAGAUGAUGAAUUCCUCCCUGGAUCCACUGAACCAGAGCUCUGCUGACCCAUCAAACGUAUCUGCUCCCUUCUGCCUGCUUGAGAUAGGCUAUUCGCAAAUUUUCACCACCUGCCUCCUUGAAGUCUCUAUCAUACUGCUCCUCACUGUUCUCAUUAUUUCCGGUAACCUGGUGGUGAUUUUUGUGUUUCACUGUGCCCCCUUGCUUAGCCAGCACACCACCAGUGCUUUCAUCCAGACUAUGGCGUAUGCUGAUCUGCUGGUGGGGGUCAGCUGCCUGUUCCCCUCCCUGUCCCUCCUCCAUCACCUGCAGGGCCUCGACCCCAAACUCACCUGCCAGGUGUUCGGGUACAUGGUGUCUGUUUUAAAGUCUGUUUCGAUGGCGUCAUUAGCAUGUGUAAGUGUAGACCGCUACAUUGCCAUCACACGACCUCUGACUUACGCGUCCCUGGUAACGCCUUGUCGUGUGCGCUGCUGCAUCGUUCUAAUAUGGUUGUACUCUGCUCUGGUGUUUCUUCCGGCUUUUCUCGGGUGGGGGAAACCAGGUUACCACGGCGAUGUGGUGGAGUGGUGCGCAGUUGAGUGGAGGACUAGUCCGGCGUUCACAACCUUUAUUGUUGCACUGCUCUACGCCCCAGCUGCUCUCACUGUCUGCUUUACCUACGCCAAUAUCUUCAAGAUCUGCCGACAGCACACCAAGGAGAUCAGCGAGCGCCACGCACGUUACCGACCUCAACAACUGCAGGGCCCGGGAUUGACAGUGGGACCUAUGGUCAAGGACAACAGUGCAGCAGAACAAGGGCAGUUGCCCCAUUUGUCCCAGCCCCAGAAACCCCAACACCACCAACCACAGUAUCAGCAGCCUACAUCAACAUACCCAGACAAGCGAUACGCUAUGGUACUGUUCCGCAUUACCAGCGUGUUUUAUAUCCUCUGGUUGCCCUACAUUCUCUACUUUCUGUUGGAGAGCGGAGGGAUCUACCACCACCCUGCAGCCUCGUUCCUCACAACAUGGCUGGCCAUCAGCAACAGCUUCUGUAACUGUCUCAUCUACAGCCUCUCCAACUCUGCCUUCAGGAAGGGCCUCAAACGCCUCUGCUCCUUCUGUUUACAGCGCAGUGGCAGUGGCUUUGGGGUUAGGAACACCAAAAAAGCUUUCGUUGGCUCUGUUGAAAAGGGUUGUGCAGGGCCAGGGUAUGGAUAUGGCCAUCGGGAAAUAGGCAUUGGCACAACAUGUCAUGUGUAAUGCAAAGCCUAUUGCCAAAAUGGCAUUUGAACUUUUUUAAAAGAUGCCUGAUGUGAUUGCUGUAAAAUGUCUCCUCUGUUAAGCUGAAAUGUGCUGUAAAGAGAUGGAAGGAGGCGUUGAUCUGCCACUGCUGUUUCUGUCGCGUUUGGAGGUUACACAGGCAUCCUCUCUGCAUACGCCACAGCUGGCAAAGACAGAGGAAGGGAGUCAAGAGCAAAGCACUGAAGGAUUGAGAGAUCCAAAUAGCCCAUAAAGCGUUUCAAAAUGGACAAAGAAGCCCAGCAUACUGUGUGUGGACAGGGGUGAUAGAUGAGAAGGGCUGGAAAGGAGGAAAAAAGGUGUCUGAAAAAUCCUGGAGAAGUGAACUCUGUCGAGGUUAUCUAUUAGUUUUCUUCUUUCUUAACUUAUUUUGCCAAAACAACAAAACUGUUCUGAAAAGCUGUUUGUGGAGUAUGUGCUGCGACCUUUGUUUGUUGCCAUAUUAUCAGCACAGUAUGUGUUGAAUGCAAAAAAAAAAAGAAAUGCAAAUGGAACAGUUGACUACUGUGCUGUAGUAACGUAGCGCUGAGGUGAACUGCCAAUGGCAAGCUGUUUAAACAUGUUUUUAUGUGCUCUUAUCCCCUCAUUAUUUACAUGCUGAAAGUGAAAAAGAAAGAAAGAAAAUGGGAAGAAAUGAGCUAGGUCUAGACCCAGUACCCACGCCAUUUCAGAGUUUGUUUGCAUUGAUCCAACUGAUUUCUCUCCUUCUGUUCAUGGAGUAUGAAUUUUAGAUUAUUUAUUGAUGUUUAUCAUACAAGAUAAAACAUUAUGUCUUUACCUAAGUUGUUAGGCUAGGAUGCUACCCAGCUUUGGUGUACGACUGUUAAACUGACAAAAAUCAAACGUAAUUUUCACUGAAUUUCUUUUCCAAUGAAUUUUUUAGAAUCUUUGUCAGUUUCAUUGCACCUUUGUUGUUUGGAUUAUGUAUCUUAACCAGGAAAGCAUAUAUUUUUACACUCAUUAUACACUGAUUUUUGGUACAUUAUUGGGCUGAUUUUAAUUUUUUUAAAAGGUUUUUGCCCGAAGGUAAAAAUGUUAAGUGUAGAUGAAUGACUCUUGAACUGUGAUCCUUACCCCUUUGUCUUUAGAAGUGACUGAGAUGAACAAUCUAAUGAGAAGCCGUAAAAGUGUAAUUGUGGAAAUAUCACAUUUACAUAUUCUUGCAAAUAAUUACCUUACCUAAGUGUAUUCUGUAUUGUUAUACUGCAUUAUUGUGCCUGCACUCCCGGACUAGUGCAUGCGCACACAUGCAAACGCACACAUGAACACAACAGAACAGAAAAAAUAGCCCAUUCACUCUGCCAGCAGGUUAACCUCUGUGCAACACCAUGAAGAGGGACUGACCCCUUCAAAAAAACUUGCAGAUGUGUGUGUGUGUGUGUGUGUGUGUGUGUGUGUGUGUGUGUGUGUGUGUGUGUGUGUGUGUGUGUGUGUGUGUGUGUGUGUGUGUGUGUGUGUGUGUUUGCGUCUAUGUGCAUGCAUGUGUCUGUUUCCAUCAUCUUGUUCCCAUGUGUUGCUUUGUGAUCACUUUUCACUCUAACUUAAUAUUUAAUACAAAGUAAUAGAGAUCAAUAGUAAGAUGAAAUGAAGCCAAGUGUACAUACUGUGUCAAAAAGUCAAAAGUUGUGAAAAAUUAUCUCUAUUUUGAACCAUGGAAACUCAUUUCACAGUUUCUUUAGGUGCAGAUAUUCUAGCUUUAUAUACUUUAUCUAAUCUACCAAAGAAAGUUGAGCAGAUAUUCUCGGAUUAUGAUAUUUUUUUCUAGAUAUCUAAUAUAUUUAGCAAGUGGGUUUUACACAAAGUUUGUGUAGGUCCACUGCACUGUUUUGGCUCAGUGAUGCCUUGUGUGCAUGAAUACGAGUGUUUCUCAGUAUAUGGUGAUAUAUUGUUGUUGCCUUGACAUAAAAAUGAAAAUGAACUGUUGGGAAAGUGUUUUCCUGUAACAGCCAGGGAGGGCUCAAUUUAUUGACAUGCAGCUGUUUUUAGAGAGAAUGACACAGACUGGCAAGUGUAUGCAUGUGCACAGAGGAAAAUGUUCAUUAGCCAGCCUCUGUCACUUAAUUCCACAUUCAGUAAACAAUAACCUAAACCACAUUUGCUGUGUAAAGUCAUUUAAAAAAUGUGACUGUUAAUUCAGCUGUUCUUCAAAAAUUCAUAAUUUUUACUUACUGCUCCUCUCGUGUGUAAAACUGAAAAUGAACAGGAGCAAACACGUGACUCAAAACAGUUUUCUUUUUUUUGUUUUGUUUUUUUGCAUGUAUUUGUUUGUCGAUGUAUGAGUGUGUGUGCAGGUGUGUUAGGAUUUGACCAAUGGCUGAAUUGGACUGUUGAAGGUGUUCUAGCAAGGGGUGCUAACAUAGUUAUCACCUUUCAUUGCUUUAUUAGCUGCACCUCACCUCCCUUGAGUAUACUGUAUUUCGUGAGUGUAUGUGCGUAUGAUGUACAGUGGUGGUAGUUAGAUUCACAUGUUGUCUUUUAAAUAGUUUGGCUGUCAUCUGUGAAGCAUUGCCAAAUAUUGUAAUCUUUCCUAUUUGUACCUUCUUUUGUUCAGAAAUGGCGUGUACAGAAGUGGCAUAUUGAAUGUCUAAUUGUCAAACUACACAAAUUUAUUUUUGUAAAAUGACUUUGUUUUGUCUAGUUUCUUGUGAAGUGAUAAAUGUUGCGGACUCUAAGCAGGUUUAGCAGCAUGCUUACCUAUUGAAAUGAUUGAAGUUGUGUCUUUAUGAAGAUGCGUUUUAUUUUACUUGGACAGUUUCUGUUAAGGUGUCUCUACUGUUUUUUGCAAUUUGAAAGAUUGAAAACUUUGAAUUUGAGGUAAAAGUUCUCCCCUAAAAAGAUAUUAUUUCCUACAGUAGUUAAUGGUACAAUUCCACAGAAAUGUGUGAGAUUUAGGUCAAAGUUAUUAUGCCAAAACUUAACUCACAUUAGCAUUCACACACACACACACACACACACACACACACACACACACACACACACACACACAUUCCCCUUUUCCUGUAGGAAAACAAUUGCCUCUCACGUUCAAGGGAACGACACUCUGGUAGUGGCUGUCUCGAGGUACGCAGCCAUGUUGGGUAGGAUUAGAGAGAAGAGGUUGUAUGAGCACUCGGACUGCGCUAGGAAGCCAUUUGCAGGUUUAAAACAGGCUUCUGCUAUGAAAGAGAAAAAUAAAUGUCAGUGUACAUUAAUUAACAAGUGCAUAUUACAAAAACAUUUUAUCAGUUAUAAUCAGUAAAACAUGUGAAGGCCAUCUGCAGAUAGUUAAAUUGAUAUGUGGGUAUAAAAGAGUAAAAAAAAUAUGCAAUGAGUGCAUGAGUCAUACUAUUCUUAAUUUUACUACAUUUUAAUCUCUUUAAAAUAUUCCAGAAAUUUUGUGGAUGGCUGCUGCUUUGUCAUCUUCUUCUUCUUAUACGGUUUCCGAACAGCUUUAGGUGCAUCUCCACUCUCUGGACAGGGACUAACCAGAUGUGUAUGUCUUGGGAACAAGCAGAGAACAAGUCACAUUCUGUGAUUGUGACUCAGGGUAAACAAAAGUGAAUAAAUUGUAUCUGGAUUACCAGUUUUAUGUGUUUCAUGUGUUUUGUAUUUUACAAAACACAUGAGACUGAUAGGUGUAAUUGGAGCCUUAUUUAGAAUAACAGAAGAAUUUUUAUCAUGAACAUAUUGUUCUCUAAGUUGAGAGAAAAUGUUUUGUAAUCAACAACAAAAUAGUUUUACACCAUCUCAGCACAGGUUGCCUAUUGUUUCGUACAACCUCACUCUAAUAGUGCACUUUAACACACACAUACACACAUUCCCAUGCAGUGGUAUUUUCUUAUCUGUCUUUUAAUCUGUAUUUGAUUUUCUUCUUUGUGUUUUCGUAAGGCUCAGAAUAGACCACACCAGACCCCAAUAAUGGUUGACUCAUGACCCAGCCGUUGUGAGUAACAGAUUAUUACCACAUUAAGAUGAGACUGACCACUGUAACAAAACCUUGGUCUGGAAACUUUCCAAAAGAUCCAGGAAUUAUGAUUCUGCAUUCAUCUCUUCCCACACUGAAUGCUGAAAAUUACUCACAGUUAACAAUGGGGCCUUUGUAAGUUUCUGAUUGAGAAAAUGAAGCCAUUACCAUGUUAGAUAAUGUCAUAUUUCAUACGUCAAGCGUGGUGAAUUUGCAUCAAGGUUUUUGUAAGAUGGCUGCUUUUAUAGAUUGAGAAUGUUGGGAUAUUGUAAAUUAUCAGACAUGUUUAGUUUUGCUUUCAUUGAAAAGUGUAUCUCUGUGACCAAUAAGACACUUUUCACUUGAUGAUGCUUUAUAGGUGACAAACCUCCACAUGUCCUAUAAGAUGUACAUGUCGUGUAUCUGUACCGAGCAAAUAAA